AUGGACACCAGGUGCCUCGCGGCCCUCUGCAUCGGGAUUGAAGAGUACCAAGAUGCAGGUCAUUUCGUGAAUUUGCCGAAUGCCAGCCGCGAUGCGCAGGACUUCUCCCGUGAAAUGCUCAUAUGGGGCUUCCAGGAGCGAAAUCUGAUCUCACUGGUGGGUCAUGUCACCGAAGGUGCCCUCACACGGUCAAUUUCGAGCUUCUUGGAGCUGGUCGAAAAUAAUGUGUCACAGCGAGAUAUUCAUCUGGUGGUGGUCUAUGUUGCGGCUCAUGGCGAGCAGCUCCAAAGUGGUGAGCUGCCAGCCAUUUGGGCAUCCGACAGCGAUGCAAUUUGUGACUUAGAUGCUUUGCUGGUAAAACCCUUGGAUAUGAUGAAGGGUGGCAAAAUCAAGGUGUGGUUUGUCAUUGACACCUGCCGCGAGAACCGAUCCAUCAACACCUGGACAGGUCUUGCAGAGGGCAAUGCCUAUCGAAGAUUGCUUUGGAUGUCACAAACAGAUUUUCAACUUCUGCUUGCUUGCGAUAGAGGCAGAGCUGCCAGUGACCAGCACUCCAUGACCAAGGAGCUGAUUUCUGCUUUGAGGGACCCACACAAUGACUUGGAAGCAGUCUGUAAGAAAGCUCAAGCAAGCGUUCAAGAGCAGAGUCGUGGACGACAACGGCCCUGGAUCUCUUCUCGUGGGGAUUUCUCUGGCAUUUUUCCGCCUGCGGCUGCUGGAUUCGGUGCAGGUGCUGCGGCUGCUGCGGCGGCUGCUGCGGCUGAUGCUGUGGCUGAUGCUGCUGCUGCACUCGAUUCUUUGGACAGGGUGUGCGAUCGCACUCUUGGUAUCUUGGCAUCUCUUGGUCAGGGUGCAGGUCUUCCUUCGUGGGUCAGGGUGCGUGAUCGCACUCUUUGUUGUCAUGCUGUGGGAGAUGCUGGAAAUUAG